CUAAGAUUUGUAUAUAUAAUUAUAUAAAUAAUUAUAUCCAAUUAGAAAGGUUAAAAAAGGCAAAUAUAACAGUUAUUUUAAAAUCCCAGGGACUGUGUAUAUACGUGUUUAUUAAAGAAGCUGUCAAAAUUAACCUUUUAGAAUUGUAACUGAAUGCAAGUCCAGCUGCUCACUGCUCGAGGGCCAGAAUACAAGAAGCAAAGUGUAGUGAAAGGAAAGCAACUUCAUUCAAAUGCUAGCAGUUGGGAAAUGGUCAGGUUCUUGCCUCCAAAAGACCAUUUCAAAUGUUAGUCUUGGGAGAAGGGGUUUAAAAGGGAGAGACUUGGUAUGGAAACCAGCAGGAGAAACGCAGGGUGCAGGUCUGAAUAUCUUGUUCCAAAGGCUAUCUUGAGUCACCGUCCACCUGGAGUGCUGGCUGGACCAUCUCGGUUGUGGCUGGGUUGUAGAUUAUCUGUCCUGAGGCAAUCUCCUUGCUGGGGAGAAUUCCGCAGCUGGGCCUCCUUGCCUGGCUUGUUAUAAAAUUAGACCCUGGAAUUUCUUAACAAGCAUGCAGUUAGAUAAGUGUGUAUGGUGCAAGGGACUGUCUGCUGGGAAACAGGGAAGCAGAGUUUCGAAGUACAUUUCAAGGCUUUAUCUCAAGGCUAAGAAAAAAUGUUUCUACAAUCUGUUUCAAGGUUACAUCUUAAGACUUGAGAGGAAAAAAAGAAAAAAAAAGGUUUAAAAUGAAUUUCAAAGUUAAAAUACUUGGUUACAAAAUUAAAUAAAAUGCAUUCACAUGGGAACAUCAUCUUUGAUAUACGCACAAACACAUAUGCACAUAAAUUUUCACUGCUAUUGAUGUUUACUAUCUACUCAUUUAGUAUAAACGCUUGUUUCAAGAAAGAUUAAGUGUUAAAAAUCAUAACUUUAUCUGAGAGAUGAAUGAGUUAAGGCUAAUUAAGUAUUUCAUUAAAGAAAGAGAACAUACUAAAGUAUUAAUUAUAUUUAAAGCCUCAAACAAUAUACUUAAAUUAUGUGCUGAGCAGUUUUUUUUAAAUGAGUAAGUUACAAGGCUUGUUUAGAGUAAAAAAUAAGAGUGUUUUAUCUAUCGAAAUCAAAUUUUGCUAAGGCAGUUUCUAAAAAUGAUGAGCCAAGAGGCUGUUAUAUAUUUUAGCAAAUGUUAUAUUUAUGAAACAAUAACAAUGCCAAUUUAUAUUCUUUUCUGUGCUUAAGUACUAGAUAUAAUGUCAUGUAGGUCAGAUGAAGGAUAUUUAUAUUUAAAGUGUUCUGACAUCUCACUGGUUCUCAGUAUAGAUAGAAAGAUGUUAACUAAUUCUAGACUUUUAAAAUUAAUUCAGGAAUAACCAACCAUACAAUAACUAUUGAGUUUAUAAUUUCCAAUUCAGCACAGAAAAAAAAUGAUAAACCUAAUAAUUGGAAAUUGACUAAAUGUCUUCAUAAAGACAGAGAUUUGUGGAAUUCAAUUUUUAAAAAAGUUCAACUAUAUAGUUGCUUUUUAUAAGGAGUAUAACUAAAAUGUAAGGACAUGAAACUCAGCUGCCCACCUGAGCUGCUCAUUCCCAGCACAUGGCCAGUGAGGACAUAGCGAGUGACGAGGAACACAUGGUCAUCCACGAGGAGGGGGUGAUGAUGUCAUUGCUGAUGACGGCUUUAGCACCACUGACACUGAUCUCAAGUUCAAGGAGUGGGUGACCGGCUGAGAGUGGGGACAGCUCUGGGGAGGAGCCAGAGGGCAACAAGGGCUUUGGUGGGAAGGUAUUUGCACCUGUCAUUUUUUCCUCCUUUACUCCUGCCGCCCCUUGCUGGAUCCUGAGCCCCCAGGGUCCCCCGAUCCACCUGCAGUUUUUGGCAAAGUCUAUGGUCCCACCCCGUCCUCCUCCUACACAUACUUGGAUGCUUCCUCCUCAACCUUGGCACCCACCUCCUUCUUACUGGGCCCAGGAGCCUUCAAGCCCAGGAGUCUGGUCAGGGCAGCAGAGCGGGCCCCCUACGGCCUGUAUCCCUGGGGAUGGGGGCCCAGGGACGCCUUCCAAGGUAACCUGUUUCCUCCCAAUGGAUCCUGCCACCUUCUGGUGCAAGAGACCUGAAAGUGUGGGCGACCUGGAGCUACCAGGCCCCUCAGUCAUUGCGGUCCCUCCCAACACUAAGGCUUUCCUAGGCAGGAGCUGGGCUGAGCCACCCGGGGGGCAGAGCCUGAAGAGGAGAAACCGACUGGGCUUUGGGGGUCAGGGCAGAGGGAACACCACGGACAUGGAUCCCACACUGGAGGACCCCACCAUGCCCAAAUGCAAAAUGAGAAGAUGCUCCAGCUGCAGCCCAAAGUCUAACACCCCCAAGUGUGCCAUGUGUGAUGGGGACAGCUUCCCCUUUGUCUGUACAGGUGGAGAAGCUGAGGACGGGCUCAGGGAACCAGAGACCGAGAAGGCGCUGUCCUCUUCACUGCACACGCCCUGGACCAGUGCCGGCCCUGAUCAUGCAGCUCUUCCAGGCCCACUGCUUCUUCCUGUCCACUAGGCCACAGCCGCCCUCCAGGCCCACUAUGCACACAUCUUCCCCUCCAAGGCUCUGGCGCAACCCUGGCUGCCCUGCCACUGCCUCUGCC